AAGUGUGUCCAGCAAUGCCCAAAUCCCAACUGAUGUCCUUUGACCCGCUUCGAAACGGUACACGUUAGCAAAAGGCGCGCACAUUAGAAAGAAAGGAGAGGAAGAAAGAAGACUUCCGAUCGCUUUCAGAAACAGGACCGUCUCUUCUCCAUCUCCGAUCUACCGCUCCCCUUAACAAAGGCAUAUUUCCAGGAGAGAGAUCAAGCAAUAUGCCUGAAAGCAAGAGAAAAGCUCCUAUAUGGGUUGAUAGGAAACCUCCUACAUUGGUUGAUCUUUGUGUUAAUGUAGCAAUAAGUAACGUGAGGUAUCUAGGAGAUGUUGGGGAAACAGAUUUACAUCUCCUUGAUCGCAUUUUACCGCACUGUACAUUGGACCAGUUGAUGCAUGUAGAGAAGAGCACGGUGGGGCGAGAUCUUAGCCCAGUAACUGAUAAACUAUGGAAGAGAUUCUAUGAGCGGCAGUUUGGUGAGACAAAUACUAAUCUUGCAAUUGAGAGGAUGAGGUGGUGCAAAGCUUCCUUUCGAUGGAAAGACCUAUAUGAUGCAAAACUGAAGGUUAUUGCUAAGGAGGAGGAUGAAGCUGUUGCUCGACUUCGGCAAUCGUACAAAAAAGAAGAUGCUAAAAAGCAAAGUAAGCAAAUUCGCCUUUGCACAAAGGUUCCACCUUCAAGCAGUAGAAAGAACUUUUAUGGAAGUGGACCUGGAUACAAUCUUUCCCAUGUGAAGAGCAACUUGAUGAAGAAAUCAAAAGUGGAAUUUCUUAAGAGCCGAGAAGUGAAAAAUAUUGCGGCCAUGAAGAAAAUUUCGGUGCAAAGAAACAAUAGUGCCUCUUCUGUGACAAAGACUGGGGGAUUUCCUGGAAAUAAUUCUGCAUCAUCUUCUAGAGAAACAAAGUCGUUUGAGCGGAGAUUCUAGAAGUAUGUGAUCUGAGUGAGAGAGCAAUAUAAAAUUAUUUGCUUGCUUGAGCUUUGUAACAUUUGAAGUUUCAAUUUGAAUAAACUUGUUCAACGUAAAUGUACAAGCUCCCUUCAUCCCCAUCUCAUCUGUAUCCACAUUGUGCAUUUCUACGGAGGAACAUUUGAAAUAGUACUAUAUUCCUUUUGAUUUUAGUA